AUGCGACCAAAGAAGUUGUCCCCAAAGUUCAUCGGACCUUACCAAAUUUCAAGGAAGAUUGGACCAGUAGCGUACGAGCUGUCAUUGCCACCCCAACUGUCAAACCUUCAUCCAGUAUUCCAUGUUUCCCAACUCCGGAAGUACAUAGCCGACCCCUCGCACAUACUGGAGCUAGAGAUGAAGCCAGUUCGCAUUGAAGACAUCCGCACCAAGUACUACAAAAGGAAAGCGAUCAAAUUGGUAAAAGUGGUUUGGGACGAAAAGACGGGUGACUCUACAUGGGAAGUGGAGGAUGCCAUGAAGGACUUGUACCCUCACCUGUUUCCGGAUGGUGAUGCGUUACUGGAGGAGACACUGGAAGAGGGAAUACUAGAGGAAGAAAAUCUCGUUGAUGUAGAAGUGAAGGCCGAACAGUAG